AAAAAAAAAAAAAAAAAAAUAUUCGAUAACGCGAAAGCUUUAACGAACGGCUACCCUAGCUUAUUUAGAGAUACAAUCGUAUAUUUUGCAAUUACAUUUUUGCGGACGCUUGCCAGUUACGUAGUUAAGUAGACGAAUAUUAUUGGAUAAUUAUAUAUCCGCGAUGAAAAUAAUCCAUUUUUGAUAGAAAAAGAACAAAAAAGGAAAGAAUAAAGCGACGAUCUCGUUUUCAUGGCUCAAUUUUUACACCUACAGUUCUUGAAGCAGGGAUGAGCAAAUCAUCUUCCUUUCUUCCGGAUUUCGUUCCAAUCCCUAAUACUGCCAAAUGCAUUGCUUCCGGGAAAUGUCCUAGUUGUUGAUAAUAAUUAAAAAAGUAUAUUAUUAAGUUUGAAAGCGAUUCUCGUCUUAGUUGUUAGUGUUAGUUAUUAGUCUUAAGUAGAUUUGCUCAGCUCUUGCUAUGAGGAGUCAAAAAUUGAGUAUUUUUCUAAAGUCCGCGUAACACAGAGGCGAAUAGCGUUUAAAUUAGCGAUUAAAACAAUAUCUCAGAAGUGCCAGUAACGCAAUGAACUAACGUAGUGUAGUUCCGGCAGACAAAUAUCGAAUAAUUAUAUGUAGAGUCGAGAUAUGAAUUGUCGAUGAUAUCAAUUGUGACACUUAAUAAAAUGAUUGUAUAAAAGGUCGGCGGUGGAAAACUUAUACUUUCAUUUCGUUAUGUCCACGGUUCAUUUGUCAUCUUUAUUCCAUGUCCGUUUCGUUUUUUUUACCUCGACGUGUUAUGUAAAAAUAGUCAUCCGGCAAACUCGAACGCAUCAAACGUCGUAACGUUUGUUGUGUCAGAUCUACUGUGGAAAAUUUGCCUAUUUUUAAUUCAACGCCGUAUCUUAUCCUCUCCCAGAUAAUGUAUCAUACAAGAUUUUCUUAUUUCUUCCUUUUCGUAUUUCACACAUACUGAUUGUGCGCUUUCCUUGCAUGAUACUUUAUUUACAUUUUCUGUAUUCUAUGUCAUAGCGCGAGAUUGCGAUGAUCAGUCAUCGUUGUUACUAAUAUUAUUAGUUGAUAACUUGUAGUGCAAGAGGGCUCUGAUCUCAUCAUCAAAUAGAAAAAUGAUUAUACCUUUUAAUCAUACAAUUUGGAAUCAUUCGUACAUGAGUUUCAUUGGAUGUGUUGCAUCUAGUGUGUGAUAUCACGAUUAUAUGCACUUGUGUGUAUACCGAUAACAAAUUUCAAGAUGCGCACAAUGAAUAUAUUUGAUUUUUAAUAUUAAUUUAAGUUACAUCACGAUUGUAACGCGUUACACUGACUUUAGUAGUACCGUAGAGCGGUUAAGUCAGCCCGUGUAAAUACAUACAUUCAACUUGUUCUGAACUAGCGCAUAUCUGAAAUUCCUACUUGAUUUUUAACCGGACAAUCAUAAUUUAGGUGCGGUACAUUUAGAUUAACUUAAGCGAAGUCGUUUACAAAUGACGAAUCAUGCUUUCCGAGAUAACGUUUGUUCGAAAUUUUCAAUGAACAAGUUGAUCAUACAUUGUAAUCGACAUAGUGAAGAGGGGAUGAAAGAAAAAGGAAACGAAUUCAAUAAUAACGUAGAGGAAAUUCGUAACCCUUUUCCCGUGCGUUCACACACGUACUUCGCACUAAAGUGACAACCUAAUUUCUAUUUAUUUCUUAAGAAGAGCUUUUAUCAUUGGUGGAAAUGGCGGAAUAACAAGUUGCGUCGUUCGUAACGUCCUUCAAACGUUCCUAUCGAUUCUGAGAAUACGAGGAGCGUAUAAUACGGAGUUCACUGUCGAAACAUGCUAGUUCGUCGGUAACGGUGCUUGACCGUUGUCGUUCAGUGAAUGGUGUAACGUCCUUUAUCAAAAGAUAAAGUUACCUUGCAGUCGUUUCUUUUUUUUUUCCUUUCAAUCACAGUGCAGUUAAGUUCGCUCGCUAAAGUUUCGAAGAAAAAUGUCAGAUAACGAAAAUAAAUCAUGCUGUCAUACACGUCAAAAUUGUGUUGUACAACCACUUUUAACAGACUUGUACCAAAUUACAAUGGCAUAUGCUUACUGGAAAAGUGAAAAAAUAAAUGACCAUGCUGUAUUUGAUUUGUUUUUUCGUAAAAAUCCUUUUCAAGGAGAAUUCACAAUUUUUGCUGGAUUAGAAGAAUGUAUUAAAUUUCUAGAGAAAUUUCAUUAUUCCUCAAGUGAUAUUAAGUACUUAAAGUCAACAAUGCCAUCAUCAGUUGAUCAAAGAUUUUUUGAAUAUUUGAAGGAUCUGACUCCAAAAGAUGUGACAAUAUAUGCUAUGGAAGAAGGUUCAGUUGUUUUCCCAAGAAUACCAUUACUAAGAGUAGAAGGUCCAUUAAUAAUGGUACAACUUUUGGAAACAACACUGUUAACAUUAGUUAACUAUGCAAGUUUAAUGGCAACUAAUGCAGCAAGAUUUCGUAUGUUUGCUGGGAAAAAUAUAACAUUACUAGAAUUUGGCCUUCGAAGAGCACAGGGUCCUGAUGGUGGUUUAAGUGCCUCGAAAUAUAGCUAUAUUGGUGGUUUUGAUGGUACAAGUAAUGUCUUAGCAGGAAAACUUUACAAUAUUCCUGUAAGUGGAACACAUGCACAUUCAUAUAUCACAUCUUUUACCAGUAUUGAUGAUUUGCAAGAAAAGACUUUGACACAUAAAGAAACAGGACAAGUUUGUAAUCUUCUAGAAUUAGCUUGCAAACAUCGGAAUUCCAUUGCAGCUGAUGUAGGAACACUAGUUUCUGAGGCUUCUAACGGAGAAUUGGCUGCUUUAAUUAGUUAUGCCAUUGCUUUUCCACAGCGAUUUGUUGCCCUUGUAGAUACAUAUGACGUGAAAAGCAUCGAAUCCUCGGCCAAGAGACAGGCAUGUAUAGCCAGCCUAAAUGUAAAGAAUAAAUGCCUAACAAAUGGGUCCAAUACACAUGCCCAAAAUGGUGUCAGAAACAAUCCAAUUAUAUCAGAAUCGACUUCAUAUGACAAGAAUGGCUUUUUAAAUCAAGGCGAAUUGGGUGAGCUCUAUGUGAGGAGUGGACUCCUAAACUUCUGUGCAGUGGCACUAGCAUUAAAUGACUUGGGUUAUAAAGCAAUUGGUAUAAGAAUUGAUAGCGGCGAUUUAGCAUAUUUAAGUAAUACAGCGAGAGAUAUUUUCGAAAGAAUUGCCAUCAAAUAUAAUAUACCUUGGUUUGCAAAAUUAACAAUAUGUGCGACAAAUGAUAUUAACGAAGAAACUAUUCUAAGUUUAAACGAACAGAAUCAUAAAAUCGAUUGUUUUGGCAUUGGAACGCAUUUGGUAACAUGUCAAAGACAACCAGCAUUAGGCUGCGUUUAUAAAAUGGUAGAAAUUAAUGGUCAACCUAGAAUUAAACUCAGCCAGGAAGUUGAUAAAGUAACAAUACCGGGAAAAAAAGAUGCAUUCAGAUUAUACGGAGCGGAUGGAUAUGCUUUGAUCGAUCUGUUACAAAGAUCAACGGAAGAGAUUCCACAAGUAAAACAUAAAGUUCUUUGCAGACAUCCUUUUCAAGAAUCGAAGAGAGCUUAUGUUAUUCCAUCACAAGUGGAAUCAUUGCAUAAGGUAUAUUGGAAAAAUGGUAAAUUAUGUCAACCUUUACCUACAUUACAAGAAAUACGAAAUAGAGUUCAAGAGUCAUUAAAAACACUCAGAAAUGAUCACAAAAGAAAUUUAAAUCCUACACCAUAUAAAGUGGCUGUUAGUGAUGAUUUGUAUAAUUUUAUACAUGAUUUGUGGUUACAAAAUGCACCCAUUGGUGAACUUUCGUGAAGUUGUAAAUACAUUAUCAUUAUCAAAAAAUAAUGAACAACGACCAUGUACUUACUUAAAUGGCCUACCAACAUAUUAAGUUGGAGGUUCAAGUUCUAGUUGUACAAGCAUUUUGUUAUAGUCGUAUAUUUUGAUAACUUAUAAAGAUCAUAUUAUGAUAUAUUUAUAUAGUUUUACAAAUACCUAUCUUUAGGAAACAGAGUUCUAUUACAUCAUAAAAUGAUUGAUGUUAUAAAACUAUUAGACACUCUUAGCUACUUUUGUUUUUUAAAAUAAUAUGAAACGGGUGAACUUGGAUUAAUGAUGCACAAUUUAUAGGGUAAUUCACAUGUAAACAAAGAAGAUUGAAUGUACAUAUAAUAGAACAAAAUUAUAAAAUCGGUAAUGUAAAUUAAGUGUAAAUAAUCAUCUAUAUUUCUAAAAUUUCUUUUUAUAUACUAUUAUUAUUGAUUGAUAAUAUUUUCUAUGUUUUUUAGUUCAAAAAGAUUACUUUUUUUCUUAGUAAAAAUAAAAGAAAAGAAAAAUAAUUUUAUAAAAAAUGAUAUACAUUUAAUGUGCUUAUUUAAUACUAUAUAUAUGAUUAUAAGCAAUAAAAUACAAGUUCGAUUUCUGAUUUAAAAAAAAUUGUACAAAGUUUGAACAUAACAAAAAAUAAGUGUAUAAAUAUAUAUAAAAAAGUCAAUGAAGAGAAACCUAUUUGGUAUGUGAUACAUAUUUUAAAAAAGAAAUAUUUAAUCAUUGGAAUUAUUGUGAUGUUCAUUAAACUUUUAUUUUCGAAAUUCAUUUAUUAAAAGGUGUAUAUAAUUUAAGCUUAUUUUUGUACUAUGUGAAUGUAUUGUGAAGUAUCCUCAAAAACUUGUAUAAUUAACAAAAUGAAGAAAGUCAAAUUUUUACAUAAUUUUAUCAUUUUAUUUAUAUUAAAUUUACCAUUUUUCCAAAUCACAUUUAAUGUAUGCAAA